AUGGCGUCCGUCGCCGCAUGGUUGCCUUUCGCGCGCGCCGCGGCCAUCGGCUGGGUCCCUAUAGCCACACACCCCCUUCCCCCCCCCGCCGACUCACUUCUUGGCUCCUCUGAACGAGAGUUCUUCUAUGAUGAAGACAGCCGAGAAUACUUCUUUGAUAGAGACCCUGAUAUAUUCAGACACAUACUCAAUUACUACAGAACAGGAAAGCUACACUAUCCAAAACAUGAGUGCUUAACUGGUUAUGAUGAAGAGUUAGCGUUUUUCGGCAUUUUGCCCGAUGUUAUUGGUGAUUGUUGCUAUGAAGACUAUAGAGAUAGGAAACGAGAGAAUGCUGAGCGUCUUAUGGAUGACAAGCUCAGUGAAGCUGGCGACCAGAGUCUGCCACAGCUUACAGAUUUGCGGCAAAAGAUGUGGAGGGCGUUCGAGAACCCUCAUACAUCAACUGCUGCUCUAGUAUUUUACUAUGUUACCGGAUUUUUCAUUGCCGUCUCAGUUAUGGCGAACGUAGUGGAAACAGUUCCCUGCGGACAUCGGCCAGGUCGCGCAGGAACCUUACCUUGUGGAGAGAGAUAUAAGAUAGUGUUCUUUUGUUUAGACACAGCCUGUGUCAUGAUUUUCACUGCUGAAUAUUUGUUGAGGCUGUUCGCAGCGCCAGAUAGAUGCAAAUUCGUUAGAUCAGUAAUGUCGAUCAUUGAUGUGGUGGCAAUUUUGCCAUAUUAUAUUGGAUUGGGGAUUACUGACAACGAUGAUGUGUCAGGAGCCUUUGUGACCUUGAGAGUGUUUAGAGUGUUCAGAAUCUUCAAGUUUUCAAGGCAUUCACAGGGAUUACGUAUCUUGGGUUAUACUUUGAAGUCAUGCGCCAGUGAGCUGGGAUUUCUGGUCUUUUCCCUGGCGAUGGCCAUCAUUAUUUUUGCGACUGUUAUGUUCUACGCUGAGAAGAAUGAACAGGAUACCAACUUCACUUCCAUUCCUGCUGCUUUUUGGUACACCAUUGUCACCAUGACUACACUUGGGUGA